AUGGCGACCAAGGAAGAGGAAAAGAAAUUAGCUGCCGAAGAUAUAGAAAAGGAUAAUCGCGAUGUUGCUGACCUGUGGAAGGAAGCCCUCAAGCAGUAUAAGGGUAUCGUUGGAUUUGACCUUCAACCCAAAUUUAAUAAUGUCGAGGCUAUGAUAGAUUUCGGCACAGGCGAAAUGAAUGCUUUCCACAAGUUUCGUCACAAUAGCAAAAAAGUGGACAAGCUCCGUAGCCUCUUCGCCGCUAAUAUCGACUACAUUGAGAAAGGCGCUCAGCAGCUGAUAAGCGCUGCUACUCCUGCCUUUCCUCCAGCUGCCGCCAUUGGCACCGCAAUCACAUAUCUUCUUUCAGCUUGUAAACAAGUUUCAGCCGACUAUGAUGUUGUUGUUGUGUUCUUUGAGGAUAUGAAUAGCUUUUUAGAACGCGUGACUAUCUUGGAGACUCGUCUUCCAUCACAUAAAGCAUACCAGAAUUGUCUCAUGGACGUCUUCACAUCUUUUCUAACUUUAACUGGCUAUGCGCACAAGUAUAUAGAACUUGGCCGUUUUAAAAAAUGGAUUACCAAUUUGAUUGGAGGUGAAGAUGGCGAUUUGAGUGGUGCUCGAAAGAAAAUGGAUAAAGAUCUUACCCGGCUGCAAAAUGCUACCGAAUUCGCCAUUCUUGGCAAUAGCGAGGAGCUGAAAAAGAUGAACGGUGAGCUGCAGGUCAACCAAGUUGAACACACACGCAUGCUCGAAGAGCAAAAAGAAAUUAUGUUCUCAAUCAGCCAAGAUACUGAGAACAUUCGGAGUGAUGUUGCCAAGCUCCUCAAGGCAUUCACAGAACAGAAUGCCAAGCACGACCACAAGGGGAAGCCGUCAUCUCAGGAGGCGUCAAAACCGGCAUCAGCCAGUCGAGUUCGAAACGCGAUGCCCGACGUGGAGGGAGAAGGCCAUGAGUACAAAAUCCUCAAAGAGACCCUGGUUCCGGAUACCUGCGCAUGGGUUUUUUCCCAGCCUGAGUGGGAGGCGUGGAUAAAGCAAGAUGAAAAAGAUGCUACAUUAUCGAAGCCAAUUCUUGCUUUGGCUGGACAGCCAGGUACUGGCAAAAGUCAUUUGGCUGCGACAGUAUACGACAAGCUCUACAAUUUUGCAAAAGAAGAUUCCAGUCAACGUACCUGUGUGGCUCAUUUUUACUUCCGCGAGCAGCAUAGAGACCUAUGUUGGUUUUUGAAGGGGAUAAUUACUGUCAUCAACCAAGUAGUGGAGCAGAGUGCGCCGCUCUGUGAGAGGAUCAAUGCAGAGAUGGUUCGCGACGAGGUUAUUUACAGUGUCUGGGAAUGGAAGGACCUGCUGCUCAAAAUACUUGGGCCUUCAUUCAGUAAAGACUCCCCUAAUCAUCUAUUUAUCCUCUUUGAUGGCCUCGACGAGCUAUUUAACUUCCCUCAGUUUCUCGAAUUUGUUAAACUAGUUAAAGGGGAGAACUUUCGGAUAUCGAUCGUCGUCACGUCUCGCCCUGAGCUUGUGCAGCAGCUCUCAGAGCAAGCCGAAGUAAGCACCAUGGAGAUAACAAAAGAGAAGCAGCUGGCAGAUUUUAAGUCACUUAUAUGGCAUCGGAUAAACGACCUCGGCUAUCUUAAAAGAUUUACACGCUACGUCCAACAAAGAAUUGCAGAGAAAGUGGAAGAGGUAUCCCCAAAUCUGCUAUAUGCUGAGCAUACCUUAGCCAGACUUGACGCGCUUGGUCGCGAAGGAGCGGCUCUACAAUUGCUCGCACGUCCGCUGCCAGAAACACUACAGGGCGUAUACGAGAUAAUGCUGAAUGAAUGUCAGCGCCGAAUGCCCGUUGCUCGCCAGCAGAUUGCUCUUAAGCUGCUUCACUGGCUUGCAUUUUCUGGCCGGGUCCUUACUCUCGACGAAGUAACCUCGCUGCUGAUGUAUCUUUCUCAAGAUGACAGCUUCAGCCUCGAAGAAAUCCCAGAAGUAGCUGCCAAAUUUCUCCAAAUUGGAGAUCCUGCUCUAGAUGCAGAGUCACGAAGUGGUCGCAGAAACACCUACAUUAGCUCAAUUGAAGAUGUCGAAAAGGCGGAUUCAGCAUCGAAUAACCCAGACGAUGCUUAUAAUGAUGGCGCGUUGCCUGUAAAGUUUAAAGAAAGAUCAAUGAGGGCAUUCUUUAGAGAUGCUUCCACUUUAAACUCAGACUGGCGCUUUACAGCAUCAGAAGCUUAUCGUCAAAUAUUGCUAGAUUGUGUCAAUCUUGUAAAGCCACUGGGUCCAGGGCACUCGAUCAAAGAAACCCUGCGACUAUAUUCCGCCUAUUGGCUACUUCCUCACUUUGUCGAAAUCAAAUUGGACGAGCACACACCCCAAGAGAAGGCGGAAGUUAUGGAAGGGCUUGCAAUGGCGCUUUCACAUACCGAUUUUGCAGAAACUCUCAGUCGCACUGGGAUAGUAUAUAAUAGGAGUUUAAAGAGUAUGGUGAACGAUAAGGUUGCUCUGUGGGCCGAGAAUCUCAAGAUUCCAGAAGUUUCGUCCAUUUUGACACCCGCUGCAGCCUCGUGGUGGGCUGACGUUGCGAUUGAUCCUCGAAGGUGCCGAUUGGGGAUGGCUAAGGGGUACCUUCGCCUCAUAUAUACUGCAGCUGACGUUGAAGCGGCAUCAGCAGCGUAUAAACUUCUCUAUGGACUUUUGGGUGUUGGCGGACUUGAUCUUCUUACCGACAAAGCCAAAGCAAACUUCCCAGAAGAAAUUUCGGCGCAAGUGGCCAAAGCCGUGAAUCCGGCCCCCAGCGAUAACGAAAACACUGAAUCUCAGACCAAGAAAGAGCUUGGCGAAGAGAAGAGCUCACUAGGCUUGCCUGACCUCUUCAACGACCUUGAAAUGGAUUGUACUGCAUAUCGGGCUGUGGGAGAGCUUUUCUUCCAUUUUAACCUGUAUAAACCUGCAGAAGUAAUGUGCAAUAAAGCGAAGAAUUCUUUCCACUCUGGAGACAACAAUACGGAAAGAUUUAAGAUAUCAAUCCUACAAUGCAAUGUUCUGCUGAAACUACACAAAAAAGAGAUCGCUUUCGAAACUAUUCUGGAGUGUGUCAAGGGCAUUGAGACUGUCAAUGUUCCUACCUCACUCAAACGUCUAGCUCUGUUGGCAAAGGCAAAGGUCGAAACGAAGCUAGGGAUGCGCGAAGCCGCAGCUGAAUCUUACACUCAAGCAAAAUUGAUUGAUCCUACGGGGCUAACUCCAGGCAAUGCUCUUGUUAGUGAACUCAAUUUGUUUGAGAAAGCAUCUGAUCACGCUGGGUACUUUCGAACAUUGAAGAGCUGGAGUUCCAAUGACAGGCUGACUUGGAUGGCCUGGAAUUAUUGCAACGAAGGCGACGAUCGCCAUGAAGAACUUCGAGCCCUCGCCAUUAAAGAGGGCGAAGCUGAAUUUAUUAUUGAGGCCUAUAAGGAUGCUAUUCAAUUCCUAGAUCGACUGAAUUCGGGUGCUCCUAUGCGCCUCGAGCUCUCGUUGACCUAUUUUAGAGUGGUUGGUGAUCUUGAGAAUGCUCGCAAAUACUUAAACGAGAUAUUUGCAAGCACCUCUAACGGAGAAACGUAUGCCAUAACAGACGAGGAGCCACAAACUACUCUCCAGCGAGCGGUGGAUGCCAUGUCUGACGUCUUGUAUGAAACAUUUCGAGCCUCGCGUGAUCCGAACGUUAAAGCAGAGGCGCUUGCAGCACUUAAAGGGUUGAUGGAUAGGCCACUCUCUUUGGCCGUGCCAAUGUACACAAGCUUGGACCUAGUUCAUCGCCGAAUCGUCAUUGCGUCGAUGUGCUUAAAGAUGGGUCAAGGUAGCGAAUUUCAAGAGCGACUUCAAAGCAUUCUUGAUGACUGCUUCGCUGGUCUAAACGAUAAAGUUUCGUGGAACGAUGGCCAAAAUUUGGAAAAGUUGGGCCAUGCCCUCAUGGUUUUGAGCAAAGCUAUUCCAGAGGGGCAGGAUAUUCAACGAUAUGCGCGAAUCGUCAUAUCUGCCAUGUUUUCAAAAAUUACUUUCGUUCAAGAUGAGGAAGACGAAUCGGAUUCUGACUCUGACUCGGGUUCCGACUCGGACUCAGACUCGGACUCAGGAGAUGGAUCCAGCGAUGAUGCUGAUGUAAAACCCGAGGGAGGAAUGGUAGCCUUUGAAUGGAUAUCACCUUUUGAAACCAUAGCUAGCCUCAGAAGCGGAAAGGCGUCGGCACCAAAAGAUGAAGGAGACCUUGGUAAUCCCGGCAUUGUUGCAUACAGCUGUGAUGGAGGUAUAUGCAGCCCCAUAGCCGGAUACGCCUGGUGGGGAGACUCGGUUGUUCAUUACUGCACGGAAUGCUCCACCACGCUGAUUUGCGAGAUAUGCUACAACGCUAGACACCACCCUGAGAAGGUGGGAUCGCCUAACGUGAUGCGUUUUUGCGAUAAAGGGCAUAAUUACAUCAGGCUCCCAGUAGAGGGCUGGCGGGGCAUAAAAGACGGUAUACUGAGGCUGGACGGAGAAGAGCCAGUUAAGUUUGAUGACUUUCUCAAUCACUUGCAGAAAGAGGUUUGUAAAGAUGCUUGGGAUCGAUUUUGGGCAGGAGCUUGAUGACUGAUGAGAUAUGAUACAUGAGCUAUACUUUGAAUGAGUAAAAUGAAGCCACAAGAGCUACUUGCCAGCUUUGCUU